CAAAGAUUUAUUUUCAUUUUUUUUUUUUUUCUACUGUACAUUAUGAAAUAUAGUCAUUGAUGUCACCAGAAUUUUAUGAACAAAAUUAAUUUGUUUUAUUAUUUUUAAUUUAAAUAAAAGAAAAAAAUAAAAUAAAAUAUUUAUUAUUUAGUGGUAUAAUUAUGUGGUACUUUGAUAAUGGCAAAUAGCUGUUGAAACACAAGUGACAGUAUUGAUAAAAAUUAAAUAUGGUAUAAACUUUCUGAUUGUGUUGUCUAGUGAUGAGGAGGAUGAUGAUGAUGUUGAUGAUGAUGAUGGUGGUAGUAGUGGAUGUAUUCUUUUUUAUUGGUAUUAUGGAAGGGAUAACCAACAACUCAGGAAGCAAAUUUAACUCAUUCAAUUCACACCCUUCGUCACGAUUGUAACGAUACCUGUAGUUUUUGAUUCUUAUUUUUUUUUUUUUUUUUGUAUAUAUCGAAAUAAAAAAUAAAUAUAUAAAUUUACAAUAAAAGUGUGUGGAAAUUUGUGUAUAUUUUGUUAAUUUAAAUAAUAAAUAAACUGUAUUAACAAAAUGACUGGAAUUUAAUUAGAUAAAAUAACCAGUUCAAUUAUUGUUAUCAAAUUUAAUUAGUACUUAUAAUUUGCUAAUUGCAUGUUCCGGAUGACUUGAAUCAACUUGUUGCUUUAUAAAUUCAUCAUUAUGAUUUUAAUGAUUUAAUCUAUAUGGAUAAACAAAUAUAUAUCUAAUGUUUAUUAAAUAUGAUAAUCAUAAUUUAAUAUACAAUAAAUAAAUUGAUUUGAGUUUUGACUUUCUAUAAUUAGCUGCUGCUUUUUUUUUUUUUUGUAAACAAGUGUUAAAUUUUUUGUCAAAUUAAUUUUGUUAUUAAAUUUAUUACUUUUGUGUUACUGUUUAAUUUUUUUUUUGCGUAAUUUGUGAAUUUGUGUUUAUGUGCUUGUGUUUUAUUGAGUUUAAAUAGAAAAAAAUGAAAAAUAAUUUAUUUAAUUUUUUUUAAAAUUGUGAAAUUAAUAUAUUGAGUAAUUUAAUUAGUUUCUUUUUUCUAUUUUAAUUAUAUACAUUAGUGUGCAUGAAAAUAUUCAUCAAGGUGAUUGUGAUGUAAGAGAUGCGUCGUGGUGAUAUCGCGGUGAUCGCGAUAGCCCUUAUCACAUUUGGGCUAAUCCAGGCCCCUUAUCAAUCCAGAUUUGUUGGCGCUGUAUUUGUUGGUGCGGCAGUUUGUGCUCGCAUACCAGGUUUAGCUAAAAGCCAAAGGGAACAGUGUAAAAAAGCACCACACACAAUGCCAGCAGUUGGUGAAGGUGCUGAAUUGGGUUUACGUGAGUGUCGUUAUCAAUUUAGGCAUCAUCGAUGGAAUUGUUCUCAUGUUGCAAAUGAAAGAGUAUUUGGUCACGUUGUUGUUGUUGGUAGCAGAGAAGCUGCUUUUACAUAUGCAAUAAGCUCUGCAGGUGUAACAUAUGCUGUCACUGCAGCUUGUAGUCGUGGAAAUAUCACAGCAUGUGGCUGUGAGCCAACAUUAAGAUCAAAACAAUCUUUGCCACCAAAUGGAUGGGAAUGGGGUGGUUGUAGUGCUGAUGUAUCAUACGGAAUGAGAUUUGCGCGUAGGUUUCUUGAUGCAAGAGAAGUUGAAGGAGAUGCAAGAAGUCUCAUGAAUCUACACAACAACAAGGCCGGAAGAAAGAUUGUCAAAUCAUUGCUACAAACUGAAUGCAAAUGUCAUGGAGUAUCUGGAUCAUGUACAGUUAGGACAUGCUGGAGAACAUUGCCUAGUUUUCGUCAAAUUGGUGAUGCAUUGAUGAAAAAAUAUUAUCGAGCAAGGCCUGUUACUGCAUUAACACCAGCACCAUCAACAAUUCAGUCAAUGGUUGAAAUUGUACCGAUACUUGGUAAUGAUGCAAAAACCCAAGGUAAACCAAAUGACAUAAUAAAUGAUCAACCAAAUGAAAGACUUUUGAGAAAAAUAGAUGCAUCAAGACAACCACAUCUUGUAUUAAAAAAAAUAAAAACAAGUAUUGGUAUAAAUUCAAAAAGAAUACCCAAAAGAAGUGAACUUGUUUUUCUUCAACAAUCACCUAAUUAUUGUGAGACUGAUUUGUCACUUGGAAGUCUUGGUACACAAGGAAGAUCAUGUAAUCGAACAAGUAUAGGAACUGAUGGAUGUGAUCUCAUGUGUUGUGGACGUGGUUACAAUACUCAUCAAUAUACUAAAACUUGGCAAUGCAGAUGUAAAUUUCAUUGGUGUUGUCGUGUACAUUGUGACAGUUGUACUGAACGUACCGAGGAAUAUACAUGCAAAUAAUAUGCUUUUAAAAAAAGACUUGAUAAUGAUAAAAAUAAUUUCCAGAAGAAAAAAAAACAAAUGUUAUUGCAUGAAUAAAAUAUAACAAUGUAAUUUA